AUGGCAGCUCCAAUGUCCGUCGACCAGCAGAUCAAGCUUUUGGAGGAAGCGCGAAGGGUCGUACUGAAUGAUCCGAACUAUUAUCAGCAGAUUAUCCAGGGUAUCCUCCCACUCAUCGAUCCACGCGGGAAAGGAGAACCUCAAAGGGAUACAGCUUCCAAGGUCGAACUACAACGUUGGGGGGCCGAAUUUUUGGCAGAGACUUUUGCGAGUCCUGCCAUACCACCACAGCAGAAGGAGACUUUAUGUUUGACUGUGCUUGAGGCACUAAGAUCUAUGCUUGAUGACCCAAAUCAGGACAAUGCAGUCGUGAAAAGUGUUGUACAGACUGCUGCGAGCAUAUACCCCUUGGUCUUCAGAUGGAUUAUCAACAAUUCUUAUGAUAACCAGUCUUGGGAAAGGAUUCAAGCAAUCAAAACCAGAAUACUACAGAUAUGGGACACCGCCGCCCCAGGUACAGUAGGCCCGGAGGCGAACGCAAUGCGAGGUGAUCCUAUGGAAGUCUCCCUCGGCAUGGUGCCUCCAAACCAUUCUUCGCUCAUCCCUCGAAAUCUAGAGGCAGAAGCUUCCGGCCUGUUGGACAGGAUGCUUGGGAUCUUCCAAGAAAGCAUCAGUGAUGCUGUUUUAGUCGAUGCUACUCUUAAUUCGCUUGCCAUUUUGAUUCGUGCUCGCCCGCAAGUUGGUAAUAGAAUUAUAAACGUUAUAUUGAAUUUUAAUCCCUUGAAACAAGCCAACUCGCCCAUGACACCAAAAUCCCGUGUCCAAAUCAAAUCCAUGGAGAAAACUACUCGGCUGUUACUUGUGAAUAUCAAUAAGCGUGAUCCCCAAAACCCACUCGCUGGUCGUAUCCAGCAGUAUGUCGAGAGAAUGAUGCGGUCUCGCAACGAAAUCUUUGACGAAGCAACACGAAAGCGUGGUCCGCCAGAGCCAACUGAUGGGCUAGAUGCCGCAAAAAGACAGAAGCUGGCACAGAUGCCUGUUCCAGUCCCGAGAUUCAAUGUCCCGCCUUUGACACCAGGACCACAUACAAUCGCGGAACUCUUCACAAUAUCUGCAGAGAAAGGGCUGGAAAGUUUCGAUGUGUCCAUACUGCCCGAACACAUUGUGGUUCAAAUAGGCAUCACCAUUUUACAAAAGCUCAAUGCCGAUAUCCUUAAUCAAGCUAUUGAGGGCGUCCGAAAACGAUAUACGUCAAUGCAAGCAUUGCAACCCCAGCAGCUGAACCCUUCAACGUUUCCACUCGGCGUUGAAGAAGACGACGAUGAUUAUGACCCGGAUUUUGAUAAUGCCGAAGAUACUGAGCAGAUCCUGAACAAACUCGACAGCGCUCCACCACCCGUGAUUGAAGAAGAGAUGGCAGUCAAAGCUCCUGAUAUAGCUCCAGUAAAUUAUACCCUUCCACCACCACCAGUCAUGACUUUAGAGGAAGUGGAGCAGGUCGGCCAAGGAACAGUCGGACGAGUAUUUGGGGUCAUGAAUACGCUAGAAGAGCCGGGCAAAAAGACGAAAGCUGGUCUAAAUCGACUUGCGGCCAGUAGCUGCGAUCGUGACGACUGGAUCACAAUAAUCACGAGGCUUGCCACUCGUUCAGUGGCCGGAUUAGAGGAAACAGAUACGGUCAAGACCGAGCCAGAUGCAGUAACCCCCUUCUCCCUUAGCAACACUAUCAGAAACUCGCUCUACUUAUAUAUUUUGGAGGAUUUUCGAAAACGAAUUGAUAUUGCAGUUGCUUGGCUUUGUGAGGAAUGGUACAAUGAUAAAGUCCAAAUGAAAGCUGGCGAGGAGUCGGUUUUACAUUAUGAGAAGUGGGUCGUCAAAUUGCUGGACGGCAUAAUCCCCUACUUGGAUACGCGGGACAAGGUGCUUACUAGAUUCUUGAGCGAGAUCCCCGGCCUGAGUUUAGAAGUGCUUAACAAGGUGAAAGAGCUGUGUAAAGAUCCAGCUAUGGUCAACCUAGCACUUACUAGCUUGCUUUACUUGGUGCUGAUGAGGCCUCCGGUCAGAGAGAUUGCUCUAGAUGCGGUAGAGGAUAUCUGGAAUACCUACGAGGAUGCAAAACCCAUCGCAGCCAAAUAUCUAACGAAAUGGCGUCCCGGGUUUGCGGAUCGACUGAAGGAUAAAGAAGAAGAAAAACCCGCUACUCCGCAAGGUAUUACAACAUAA